AUGGAUGACAUUGCAGGCAUUGAUGCUAGUGCUGACAUUGAUGCUACUUCAGCUUGUGUUGACAAAGCUGAUGGGGACGCCUCUCUUUUUGGCGAUGCUGUUGAAGACCUCGAAGCUUUUGAUGUCGAAGCUCCUGUUGAGGUCCUCUGUGCUGGUGGAGAUGGCACUGCAAGUGAUGCUGGUGGAGAUGGCACUGCGAGUGAUGCUGGUGGAGAUGGCACUGCAAGUGAUGCUGGUGGAGAUGGCACUGCAAGUGAUGCAGGUGGAGAUGGCACUGCAAGUGAUGCUGGUGGAGAUGGCACUGCAAGUGAUGCAGGUGGAGAUGGCACUGCAAGUGAUGCUGGUGGAGAUGGCACUGCAAGUGAUGCUGGUGGAGAUGGCACUGCAAGUGAUGCUGGUGGAGAUGGCACUGCAAGUGAUGCAGGUGGAGAUGGCACUGCUAAUGAGGCUGGUGGAGAUGGCACUGCAAGUGAUUCUGGUGGAGAUGGCACUGCUAAUGAGGCUGGUGGAGAUGGCACUGCAAGUGAUGCUGGUGGAGAUGGCACUGCAAGUGAUGCUGGUGGAGAUGGCACUGCAAGUGAUGCUGGUGGAGAUGGCACUGCAAGUGAUGCUGGUGGAGAUGGCACUGCAAGUGAUGCUGGUGGAGAUGGCACUGCAAGUGAUGCUGGUGGAGAUGGCACUGCAAGUGAUGCUGGUGGAGAUGGCACUGCUAAUGAGGCUGGUGGAGAUGACACUGCUAGUGAGGCUGGUGGAGAUGGCACUGCAAGUGAGGCUGGUGGAGAUGACACUGCUAGUGAGGCUGGUGGAGAUGGCACUGCAAGUGAGGCUGGUGGAGAUGACACUGCUAGUGAGGCUGGUGGAGAUGGCACUGUCCCUGGUGGUGGCCGUGCUACCGUUCCAGGUGGUGGGGCUGUUCCUGUUGGAGAUAACAGUAACAAAAACAAUUUAUUCAAUCAGUCACACACCUAUUUACAACGUUUGAACUGCACAUUGUAG